CUACCUACACUUCCGGCUCUUCCGGCCCUGACACGGAAGAAAAAGCCGCCCUCGCCCUGCUGUCGCUUUCCCUUCCCUGUAAGACUGCUUAGUCCUGGCUGGGAAGGAGGCAUCCAUGUUCCAUGGAGCCCCAAGGCAUUGUCAAAGCUUUUCCCAAACGAAAGAAGAUAAGAAACGAUUCUCGGAAUGUGGCACCUCCAAAGGUACUGAAAGAAGAAAACAGGAAUGAGCAAGCAGUGUGGUUGGAGCCAGUCACUGCCUAUGUGCUGCAAGCAGGAAUUGGCCAGGCCAGGGCUGAGAUCUUUCGCAAGCAAAUCAUCCAGAAUGGGGGCAGGAUUUGCAGCCAACUUUCCCCAGAUGUGACACAUGUUAUAGUGGAUGAAGGCAUGGACUGUGGCCGGGCUUUCCGGCUCCUCAAACUAGCCAAGUUACCCCAGGGAUUGCAACUGGUGAAGGCAUCCUGGCUGAGUUCCUGUAUUACUGCGCAGCAGAUCUUGAGCACUACUGGCUAUAGUCUCUUUAUCCCAGACAAGUAUCUGGAGAUAGCAGACGCUUCAAAGCCGCAAUCACAACUUCUGAAUGAAGAGAUACUCCAGCCUCAAAUGGAGAGUGCAGUCAUAGCACUGAAGGCCAAAUCACAGACAGGAAUUUCCAGCUGUCCCUGCAAUGCAACAAAUUCUUCAGGACAGCAGGGAGCCAAAGAGAUGAUCUUGGAUGAUGAGGGAGUGGAAGGGGAAGAACUUGUGGUCACUCUGCAAGAACUGGAAGCGCUGAAGUCAGGCCAAGAAGUGAACACUUUGUCAGGAGACUCUUCAGCGGUGUUUCCCACUGGCAAGUGGGUUUGUGCUCAGUCCUCUGAAUGCAAGAAAAUUAAUCAUAAUCAGAGUAUUACAGAGAAGCUGGAGCAGCUGGCAAAAGCUUAUUCUGUCCAAGGUGACAAGUGGAGGGCUCUUGGUUACUCCAAAGCUAUUAACUCCCUCAAGAGCUACCACAAGCCAGUCACUUCUUAUCAGGAAGCAUGUAAGAUCCCUGGAAUUGGGAAGCAGAUGGCAGAAAAGAUUGUGGAGAUCUUGGAGAGUGGGCACCUUCGAAAGCUGGACCACAUCAGUGACAGUGUGUCAGUGCUGGAAGUAUUUUCCAAUAUUUGGGGAGCAGGAGUGAAGACUUCUCAGGUGUGGUACCAACAGGGCUUCCGCACUCUGGAUGACAUCCGCACUAAGGCCUCUCUCACCAGCCAGCAGGCUGUUGGCUUGAAGCACUAUGAGGACUUCUUGGAGCGCAUGCCACGGGGAGAAGCUGCUGAAAUUGAGCAGACUGUCAGAGAAGCAACCCAGUCUAUCAAACCUGGACUGCUGUCUGUCGCAUGUGGCUCGUUCCGGCGGGGGAAGUCCACCUGUGGGGACGUGGAUGUGCUGGUGACUCACCCUGAUGGACAUUCGCACAAAGGAGUAUUCAGCAAGUUGCUUGAUAGCCUCCGGAAAAGUGGCUUCCUCACAGAUGACUUGGUGAGUCAGGAAGACAGUGGAAACCAGAAGAAGUACCUAGGGGUUUGCCGUCUGCCCGGAUCAGACCGUCGCCACCGGCGCCUUGACAUCAUUGUGGUGCCUUACAGCGAGUUUGCUUGCGCCCUGCUUUACUUCACAGGUUCGGCCCACUUCAAUCGUUCCAUGCGAGCUUUGGCCAAGAUGAAGGGCAUGAGUCUGUCAGAGCAUGCCCUCAGCAGUGGGGUAUUGCGCGGAGCUGGUGGUCUCAAAACAGGGCCUGGCCUCGCCCUGUCCACUCCCACCGAGAAGGAUGUCUUCAUUCAUUUGGGGCUGCCUUACCGGGAGCCCCAUGAGAGGGACUGGUAAUGGGAGGGAAGGGAAAGGAGCAGUCCAAGGAUGCCUCUGUGUGGUGUUCUUGCAUGUGACUUGCUUGGGGCCUUCCAGCCUAUACAGAAAUGCCUGCUUUCCUUAGCAAACAGCUGUGAGCACUAAAAGUGGGGCUUCUGUGAGGAGCUGAUCCUUGUCUGUGCUGCUGGGAGGAAAAUCCCAAGGUUCCGAAUGUAUGUCAUUGGCUUUGAUGGAUUGCAGUGAGAGAGGCACUAAGGACGAAUAACUACCUCAUUGGUUGGUUUUAAGAGUGAAUGGGAAAAUGAUUGUAAAGAAAUUUUGUAUACUGAAAAUCCCAUUUAAAAGCGUAACAGAAGGAAGAGUGUAGGGUGCGUGUGUGGAAAUGCACAGGUUUUAAAGAAUGAAUUUUAAAAACACUUUUGCGGUGAUGCCAUCCUGUUGGUGCUUUGAAGGCUGCUAGCAUCUCCCAGUGGAAGAGGCUGCUUUGCUAUUGAAGGCUGUAUAAUCUGAGAGAGAGAGUUCAGGGUCUAAUGCGAAGAAAUGAAGGGCCAUAUAUUUCCAUUUGGAGACUAAUCUCUUCCAGUUGAACUUACAUCCUCCCUCCCUCCCUGGUCUGGAAAAUGUUAGAAUUCUACCCUAGAAAAUCUCCCAAAUGGUGAUAAAGGGCACCACCGACACAAGCUUGUUUAUUUACAUAAUAUAUACAAACCAUAGAGAUUGGUAUGCUUUCUGGAGUUGAAGCUUCUUGUCAGUACAUCCGUGGAGAGAAUUAAAGGAGAAGAUGGUAUUGAACUCAGCACAUCAGUAGGGACAGAGAGCUUCAUCAAGUUAAGACACUACAGAAGGGUAGAUUUAGAGGGAAUAGUUAGGAGAUGCUUUCCUAGUACUAAAAAGAAUCAGGCAGUGGUACAAGUUGGGGGAACCUGCUUCUGAGACUAUUGAAAAGAGACAGAAUCAAUAUCUAUCAAGGAUGCUUUAAAUAUAGUUUGCAAGUAGAUAUCAAAAUUCUGUGCCAAGGUAAACAUCAUUCACUACUAAUUAGAACUACGUAAAGUAGCUGAUCACCAAGGUCCCUCCAACCAGAAAUGCUGCUCGAUUACGAAUGCACUACUGAGAUUCCUUGAGGUGUUGUCUGCACACUUUCAAGCCUUUCUUAGGGUCUAGAAACUUGCUUUUUAAAAAAUGGAACUGCAGUUCUCAGAAUGCUGAAUUUUGAUGCAGCACCACAUUCUGCAUUUGUAUGGUUUGAUUAGGAUACAAACAGCAGAAUACCUUUUGCCUUGGCUGAUGAUGGAGAACUUCUUAGGAAGUUACCUUAUCCCAUAUCAGACGAUCGGUCCAUCUAGCCCAGUUUUGUCUACUUUGACUGACAGUGGCUAUCCAGGAUCUCAGGCAGGGAUAUUUUCCAUAUCCUGCUACCUGAUUUUUUAAAGUAGGAGAUACCAGGAAUUGAAACCUGAGACCUUCUGCAUGCAAAAUGGGCUCUGUCACUGAGUCAUUAGCCCUCCCCAGUUCUUAUGUUAGGACAGAGGUUUGGACUAGAUGGACCACUGAGAAUGCUGCACACAGUCCCUCUUGUUUCAGAGUAUUUUAGUGAUAUGGACCGUGCUUUCCUCAGUAUGAACAUGAGAACUAAAACCACUUCUAAAGCACUAAAACUGGAAUUCUGGAGGGGAAAUAAACCUCAGUGUUCCAUGCUAGAAAGUUGCAGUGUCACCACAGCAGUACAGGCUCCUGUGUACCCACCUUCAGCAUAUACCUCUGCAAUGUAUCACUUGGGGAUCGAUGUAACAACAUUCCUUUGUGGUCUAUAACUUUGGAAACAAAUAACUGAUGCAAGUUGAAAGGCAAUAAAACCUGUUAACAUCUUUUGAGCUCUUUUAUGAAUAAGGCACUUGGCUGGAUGAAUGAUGGAACAGGGAUGGCAUUCUAAAGCUGUCCACACGUUAACUGUGGAUAUUAUCUUGGUGCUGUGCAAUGCUUCUGUCUUUUAGAGGAUGUUGAAAUAGGCAGCUGCAGAGAAGAACUUGAAGGGAAAGCUUGACAAGAGACUUAAGGAGUACAACCUGCUUAGCUUAGGUGGUUUGAUCGCAAAGGUGCCUUGAUCUGGUAUUAGUAGUAUUAGUAUUAUUUGAUUUAUAUACCGUUUACAUGCUAAAAUGGCUUCAGAAUGGUAGUAAAAGGAAUUUGUUUUCCCUGAGGAAGGUAUUGAGAAGCCAAGAAACUCUCAGGGAGAUGCAGAAAAAGACCCUUUAUGCUGUAAUUGGACUAAUUCAAAUUAGUACUGGUUUGCAAUUGGAUUCUGUGAGUUAGCCUGUUGGGGAAUGAUGGCACUGAACUGGUAUUGUCAGUCAGUAACUCUGUGCCAGUGGCAGGGAGCCACAAUUCACACCCAAGCACCAACCACAGUUCCAAAUCAUCAAAGCCUCCAGCUCCUGCAGUGAGGGGUUUUGUUUUGUUUGCUUACAAGUGACUGGGUUGGGCCUUUGGGCAGCCAGGGGGCAAGUCAAGUGAAAGGAUGGGGACAGCGGCAUACUUGCAGCUUCCCUAAACCUCAGUGGAACCUCUGCCCUGUAUUUUAUGAGGGGGUCUCAAUUCAACCCCGAUGACUGUAAUUCUCUUUUAUAAUGGAUUUUUGCUACCAAGAGAUUUAGCCUAUAGUGAGAGAAGAAGGGAGAUCUGGCUUCUGUGAGAAAAUUCACAAUACUAGAUCACACAUAGUUGUCAAAGUCAUUAGCCACUAGUUGCAUUUUCACUGUGUCGUGGGCCCCUCCUCUCCAUCUCUUCAUGGAGGUGCUCCUCAUGCACACUAAAGCAGUGAGGUCUGGGGAUGUUUUACUGGCACCAGAGGUUAGACAGGUGUUGCUAUAGGUCAGAAGGUUGAUCCCUUCCCCAUCCUUCAGGAAUGUAUCAAAAUAUGCACCCCACACUCAGGGGCAUAUCCUACACUUACAAGUUGAGUCCUAUGGUCAGUGGUCAUUGUAGCCCCUCUCUGAAUGUCUGCACCUCAAGAGUACUGUACUUCCUAAGGCAGAGAGGAGGAACUUCUGGCCUUCCAGAUGUUGUUGGUUUCCAACUCCCAUCAGCCCCAGCCAGCAUGGCUGAUAGUCAGGAAUGAUGGGAGUUGUGGUGGCAGCACCCUCACCUUUGGUAGCCCUGGUGGCAGCACCCUCACCUUUUGCCCUCAAUGCAGCAAGUAAAAGUGAAGUGCUUGACUGUCUAGUCAGCAGCUACUCACCUUGGAGUUUGAGCCCUAGUUCCUUUACUCUGGAGUAGUCCCAAUGCCUUUGAUCUAGUAGGGGUGAAGUGUGUGUGUUCUAAUCUAGAGAAGUUACUUUGACCUCACCCUGCUGGCAAGCCUCUUAUUUCAAGGCAGUUUUUCAUUUAGCCCUAAGGAGUAAAGUUCACAAUAGUCCCACUGGCUUUGUCCUAAGAGGUGUAGCAAGCUAUUAUUGCAAAGCACAGUGUACUAGCUAGUUGGAGCGUGGGGAUCAGGAGGACGGAGACCAGAGUUCAAAAUCUCAGCUCAGCCAUGAAUAUUCCUGGAUGGCUUUAGGCCAGCCACUGUGUCUCUCAGCCUUGUCUACCUUACAGGGUUGCUGUGUGGAUACAAGAUGAGCGAACCACAUAUGUAAAAAUCCUCUCAUGUGGUCUUCUAGAAGCCAAUAUGGCACAGGGACCAUGUGUGCAUUUUACAAUCCAAUAGCUCUGUUGAGGUCAAGAUGGGAUCAAGAUUCACAGCAAGGUAAUUAGAUUCAGGAGUUUAUGUGUUUAUAUAUUCCUGCCUUGCAACUGUACUCCUCAGACUGGGAAUGCUCAGGGUAAUACGUGGUGCCCCAGAGGUGCACUUAGUUUGCACUAGAAAUCAGGCUUUUAGUGUUGCAGUUCCAGUCUCCAUUGCCAGCUAAACGAAGGCACAAGUGCCUGGUGUCUUGAUGUUUAAGUGGCUACUAAAGAGUUUCUGUUUCAGCAGGCUUUCUCUGAAAUGUGGCCAUGUCACUUAUGGAAUAUAAACUGAAUAAAUGUUAGAAAUGACUUCAUUGUUUUUAGAGCCGUGUGUGUGUGUGUGUGUGUGUGUGUGUGUGAGAGAGAGAGAGAGAGAGAGAGAGAGAGAGAGAGAUCUUACUUUUACAGUCUGUUAUCUUUGGUAGUUUAUCCCAUUUUAUUUUGUGCUGCUUUGAUAGCAUUUUCCCUGACUGUUAGCCAUGCUGGCUGGGACUGAUGGGAGUUGGGAGUCUAACAACAUCUGGAAGGUCACAUGUUCCCCUGCUCUGCUUUCUGAACAAUAGCUUUCUGAACUGGUUAUUGAAAUAUUUGGUUGGACCUUGGUGAGCUCACCUAUCUGCCCUACACCAUUGUCAGCUACUAAAUUCCCAAUUUUAAUAUGUCACCAUUCAGGCUGCUUGGCUAUCCAGUUCAAUCAUGCAUGUUGUGUGCAAGAGGGGGGUCCUCUUGUGGUCAGUGCCUAUAAUGACAUGUCAUAACAUGUUCAACUGACUCCUUUUUUAUAAGUGAGAUUAUUGGAUGUUUCUGUCACAGUCUCAGAGGUUCCACCAUGUCAUAGCCAGAAAGUCCCAGAGAACAGUGGUGGCCAAUUGUUCAUCAUCUCAGUGGGGCCAUCCUGUGAAGUUUUACAAGGCUCCAUUUAUCACUCUCCACUAGUAGUGUAGCGGCAAAUUCAGAAGUGCAGGGUCCCUUCAUGAUAGUCAUACCAUACCUCACAGCCAGGCCCCCUUUUCCACUUUGCCUCAUCUCCCUUGGUCCUCCUGUCAUCUCACGACAACACACAGGCUACAACACAUGUCCGUAGGAGAAAAUCAUGAAAGGGGAGGCUGUAUGUUAGCUACUAGGAAGAGUCUUCUCAGUGGCUGACUCACCUCCUUUCACUCAGAUUGGCUCUAAUCAGUACGAAAGGACUUCUCAAUGACCAAGACGCUCCUUUUUCAUGCUGAUUGGCUCAUACAAAGGGACCUGGCUGUGACCCUGCUCCCUAAAAAAGUAAUGGGUCUACGGCCCCCCACAACCCGGAUGACUACACUCGUGCUCCUACUGAUAAUACAGCCAUGCUGUAGCUGAUGCUUUCCAAGGCUAGUAAGUACAGUUAUCUUCUACUUGCUCCAUGUUGAUGGCAAGAACUGAUGGGACAACAUAGAAAAGAAUGGGACAUCAUGUUUUAGGUCAGCCUUCCCCAAUCUGGUGUCCUUCAGAGGUUGUUGGACUAUAGCUUGCAUCAUCCCUGACCAUUUACUAUGCUGGCUGGGGCUGAUGGGAGUUGUAGUCCAAAACAUUAGGCUGGGGAAGGCUGUUUCAGGUGGUUCAGUCAUAGUUGCACAACUUUACUAUAACAGCUGCUGGGACGGAACUGUUCUGUGUCUGCUAGAAGGCCCUCUUAUUUUUCAAAGCAGUUGGGAAAUGCAUCAGGACUGUGUCACCAGCUUGGUUAUUGGGAUGAUUUCCACUGAUUGCAGCCUGAGGAAGUAGAUGAAGUGUUUGGAGGGGUUCACCUUGCCACUUGUCUGCUCAAACCUUGUCCUCCAUGGCUAAAAACAUCAAGGGUAGAGGGGGAUUACCCUGGAUGAGUUCAGGGGAUCAUUAAAGCAUCUUUCUUAGAGGGCCAUCUUGAAACAGUCAUUCGUGACGCAUCCUAAAGCAACCCUCCUUGGACCCCAAAAGGCUGCAAUAACAAUUGUAGAUAGCACCUUCUUGACCCAGGGACUCAAGUGGCCAUGCAGCUGGCAUCCUAGAGCAGGUGCAGGGCCCCUCCAUCAUGGAAAAAGCCACUGCUGAUGCCUGCCUUCUAGGCUCCCUUUUAAUUUCCCACCAGUCCUCCCAAAAAGCAUUGGGGAGGGGGAAGACAGCCACUGACAUGACUUUGCCUUGAGAAGGAAAAAGAAGCUAGCAGUUCUUAUGCUUUUACAGUGGCAGCCAUCUACACACACACACACACAACUGGAAAAACUCAUGUUAUUCUGAGUUUGCACUGUGGGCAAAUCCAAAUUGGUGUUGAGCAACUUCUGGUUGUUGAAUUGCCAAAUACAGUAUAUAAUGUAUAUAUAUAGGAUGGAAAGACCUAUCAGUUCCUGUUCUCCCAGUUUCUCAUUUUUCCAGUCUUAAAUUCAGUUCUCCACAUUUCUGCAGCAAUUUGCAAUAAAAAAAAAAGGAAAUGGACGGCUUUCAAGUCGUUCCCGACUUAUGGCGUCCCUAUGAAUAGGGUUUUCAUGGUAAGCGGUAUUCAGAGGGGGUUUACCAUUGCCUCCCUCCGAGGCUGAGAGGCAGUGACUGGCCCAAGGUCACCCAGUGAGCUUCAAAAAAAUCCUCAUGAAAAUUCUCCAGCAUUUUAGUUCAAAUUUCUACUAAUAAACACGUUUGUGUAUGCAGUUUUAACUAAUGUAGACAUUUUUGCAAGCAAUUUCUCAUCAUAUAAAUGCAUUUUUGUAUGUUAUUUUCACUCAUAUAUUCAUUUUCAUGCACACUUUCCCUUAGCAUAUGCAUUUUUGUAAACAUUGGUUGGUGAACUGCAUUGCAAAAUUUGAAUAAGUGCAAAUUUUGAACAUUGGCUGUGUUUCAGUUAUUGUUUCAGAAAGUGCAAAUUUGAUAGAUUCAGCUUGAAAUGUGAACUGAAUAUAAUUUCUCACCCAUUCCUAAUAUAUAUAUAUAUAUGGGAGGAGACUCUGGCAGGCAUCAGUUGUGGGACUGUGACCCAUAAGGUGGUACUUUGAUGUGGUUCUCUUAACUCUGGAGCUGGGUCUGUCACAGCAAUGCAAUUCCGGGCAACUGGUUGAGAUCAACAACUUACAUGUAGGUUACAUUUAAAGCUCUACAUGACUUGGGAUCCAGGUACCUGAUGAAUGUGUUCUCCCAUAUCAGUCUUGCCUAAUAAAAGAGGCAAUGUUUUAGAAAAUCUCUUCUGGAUGCUCCUGCUAUCUGAGGUAAGAUGGGUGGCAACUGGAGAGAGGGCUUUCUCAGUGGACUUUCCUCCCAAGGGAGGCUCGUCUGGUACCUACAUUGUUACCAUUUUAGUGCUGUUAUUAUUUCAGUGCCAGGUGAAAACAUUUUUAUCCUCACAGACUUUUCAAGUUUUAAUGGUUCUUAGUUGCUUCUGUAGAUUAUUAUUAUUAAUAAUUGUUAUUAUGAUUCUGGGAAUGUAUUUUAUAUUUUUAUUGUAUUUUAUUUAUUGGGUAUGUAUUUCAUAUUUUUAUAACUACCUUGGAAGCAUGGUUGAAGGCAGCAUAUACAUUCCCUAAAGUACAUAAACAAAGAUGUACAUGGUUUUUAUCAUUUUGUGUAAAGAUUACAAAGUCUCUGUAUUGCAGGGUGCAGAUUCAUCAGGAAGGCUCCUAUCAAUCACUGCUUCUCAAAGUACAGACAUCACCGAUACAUGACAUUCAACAGAAGUUAUCA